CUCGAUUUAAGUUAUCAGCUGCGGUUGCUUCACCAUGUUGAAGAGGAAAACAACAAGCGAGCAGAGCUAAGGAGGAAGACGACUUCUUGUUUAUCCCUUCGACUUCAUCUGCUAGCCUACUUUUUGAGGAUAUACUAACGAUGCAUCUGAGAACAUUGCUUUCGUGAAAGUUUAAGAAGAAUUGGACUUGUUUUUUCCCGCGGCGGAAUGAAGCAGUGCGUUUAAAGCAAGCCCGGAGACUUUUACAUCGCGUACUUUCAAAUCACGCUAAUCUCUGACGAAGUGACAGUUCUGUCUGUGGAGUUUUACCUGAGCAGGUGAAGCGAACGCUUGCCAUCAUGUCCAAGUCCAUGGAUCACGUUAAGCGUCCAAUGAACGCGUUCAUGGUGUGGUCCCGAGCGCAGCGGCGGAAAAUGGCCCAAGAAAAUCCGAAAAUGCACAAUUCCGAAAUCAGCAAGCGAUUAGGAGCGGAGUGGAAACUUCUGACGGAGUCCGAUAAGAGGCCGUUCAUCGACGAAGCGAAGCGACUGCGGGCGAUGCACAUGAAGGAACACCCUGACUACAAAUACAGACCCAGGCGAAAGCCCAAGACUUUAAUGAAGAAAGACAAAUUCGCGUUCCCGAUGGCGUAUAAUUUGGGAGAGCACGAGGCGCUUAAAAUGGGCGGCUUAUCGAGCGGAGCGCUUACCGAGUCGUUAAUGAGCAACCCCGAUAAAGUGGCGGCGGCGGCGGCGGCAGCCGCGGCAAGGGUGUUCUUCAACCCUUCCAUGUCUACAAACCCCUAUUCGUUUUUUGACCUCGGCUCAAAAAUGACAGAGCUUUCUCCACCGUCUUUCCCAUACGCCUCACCGUUGGGUUACCCAACAGCGGCGACGGCUUUCUCCGGAGCGGGCGCACAUACCCACACGCAUUCCCAUCCAUCGCCGGGUAACCCGGGCUACAUGAUCCCGUGUAACUGCGCGGCUUGGACGUCUGCAGGGCUCCAGCCACCUCUUGCCUACAUUUUACUACCUGGAAUGGGCAAACCACAACUUGAACCGUAUCCCGCGUACGCGGCGGCGUUAUGAGACUCUGAAAAAGUUUCUAAACGUGAAAUCAACGUAAUACACGUGGAGCAUGAACAUGUGAUGCCACGAUCGUCAUAUCAGAUAUCAAAUGUGUUUGUAUCAUGAUUAAUGCCUCUGGCGUUCUGUUAUUCUGGCGUGGUUAUUAAUGACAAACGACAGUGUGCUGAGCGAAUCCAGUACGCCCUUAUCAAUGUGAAUACUUCUAUGAAAAGCUACCAAGUCAGACUAACCUGUUGACUCUGUAACUAGUUUACCAUGUGCCGCUAUUGCAGAGAAAAUUGGGUGAUGCUGUUCAAGUGGUUGCAUUUUAGCUAUAUUGGAAAACAAAACAAAACAUUGUUUUAAUAUGAAAAAAUCAACCUUGAUGAAUUCCCGCGCAGUUUUUUUUCUCAUCUUCUUCAAAUCAGUCAUGUUACUGUAAAUGUGUACAGUUUUAUUAAAUCAUAUCUGGUUAGUGCUCCAAAUGCCGGAGCUGUUGGACUAGAAAUCAGGUGUAGCCUAUAUUUUGAGUUUCGAAUAUUCCAUGGAUGUAUGUAAUAUUUAUUGUUCAGUCAGUGAAACUACCCUAUUUGUUGAUCGUGGGACACGACGUGUCCUUUGAUAUUUGCACAAAGGGAGACCAUGAGCACUUAUAAGUGUAAUUUAUUCAAAAGAAACAACAUGCCCAAGUUCCUGACAUUUCUGGGGUGCUGGUCUGCUGAUAUUCUACAUCAGACGACUGUCAGAUGCGUUCACGUAAGAAAGUCAGUCCGUUUUUUUACUAACUCGAAGUGAAAUUGUAUGUUAUAUGUUUUGCAUAAUUCCACUUAUAUGUACUUAAAAUGCCUAUCGUUCAUUUAUUGAACAAGGGGGAUAUAAUAAAGCGU